GUCAGCCUUUCGAAAAUUGUGCCAGCGAGCGGAACUCAUGUAAAGUGGAAAAUUAAAUAUAAAAAUUAAAAUUCCUCUCAGAGUCGUAGUGAGAAGUGUCGAACAAAACAUUCUAAAACUGUAUUUAGCACGUGAACUCACUUGAAAAAAAGAAAGAGCGAGAAGAAAAAAGUUGCCAAAUCAAAAUGUUCACCCAGCCGAAAUCCGUUGAGCCCAAGGUCAGCACCAAGGAGGCGGAGUGCCAGUCAUCGGACUGCGAGUCUUCCCAGCAGGAGCCGGUCUCGCAAGUGAGCAGCCCGAAGGGCGGCCGUGUGGGGAUCUUCAAUGCCGAGGACUUCUUGUCGCGUGCUCAGAUGAACGACAGAAUCAACAACAUCUUGCGCUCGCCCACCAAGCCGACCAACGGGGUGCGCCAGCGCUCCGUCUACACCAACAACCUAUCGCCGCAAGCAAGCUUGCGUGUCGGCAUGACUGGGGCGCAGCUAGCCCAACGCAUGAGCAACAUCUCGCUGUCCUCCGGCACGGACUCCGUGGGCCACUUGGAUCGCGGCAGCAGCUCCAGUCUCGGUAGCAGCGCCACCGUUGGCACCAACACCAUCACCAGCGGCAUUUCGGCAGUCGGCAGUCUGCAGGGGCCGACUGCCCCUCCAUACGUCCAACUGCCGGGCAUACACAUUUCCAGCCCUCCCCAGUACGGGCCCGGGAAAAUGCAGGAAAUAGACGCUGGCAAAAUGGCGCACAACGGCAAGGGACUCACAGGGCGCUACAAUGCCACGCCCACCUAUGCCUUCGACAGCGAGCAGAACUACAGCCUGAAUUCCCAACAGUUGCCGUCUCCAAUGCCCCCUCCGCCAUACGCCUUGGCACACGUGAGCAGCACACGGAACUUCGAGCUCGAGAACCACACACCGCCGUCAUGUCCCGGCUCUGGACCCGUUGCCAUGACGAACGGCACCAUCCAGUUGCGCCUCCGCGAUGGCAUGCGCAUUGACAUGACUCUGGACAAGGCGGUGCGCGUGCUCAAUCAGCGCAGCAUGGUGGCAGUUGCUCUAUCACGCAACUGCAACAACUCGGCUUUGAUCCACCCCAAUGGACGCAUCUUGCAGAGCGGCGCUAAAGUCGAAAUAGUCACCUACGACGGCACGAAGGGCAAUAACUUUGUUCGCUAUGCCAAGAUGUGGUACAAGGGUGUGAGCUUCACCAGCGAGGGGUGCGCUCUCAUCUACCUGUUGGACACAGCCGGGACGCGCACCACAACCGAGACUUUCACCGAUCUGACCAAGGACUACACCCUGGCAGUGUUCUAUGACGACUCGCGCCAUGGUCCCUCUUAUAUGGCUGAAGCCCGGGACGUGAUUGCCAAUUCAGCCUACACUUGUACCGAGGAUGGCACUGAGAUCUAUGACAUAAACGGAUUUCGCAUCACCCAGGCAACCGAUGGCCAUGUGAAGGUCACUCGUAGGUACAAAAAAGGCUUGAUUCGCACCAGUCCCGGCAAUGGAUCGGCCACUUUGAGCACACCUGGCAUCUAUUGCACUGCCUCUCUGGGCCAGACCUCGCAUUUGUUUGUUCGUCACAAUGAGAGGCGCAUGCACUUCGAUGGAUCCUGUUUCAAUGUACGCAGCGCCGGACACUCCGCCGGCUUCAAUGAGAACAACCUGCUCAUUGUCUACUGAGCGGCGUUCGUAGUCCGGAGAUAGAAACGGCGCAGUGCUAGCCCAUCCCACACGCACACACUCACACACGUCAACACAUUUCACCUGGAACACAUACAUAGACACCUACAGCAGCACACUUGAGGGACCUUGACGUGGAGAGGGAUUCAGUUAGGAUCCCGGAAUUUGGGAAUAUCAAAAGAAUCAAAAUCAAUUUGGGAAAUAAGUUAGAAAGCAAAUAUGUUCGGACAAAAACCAGCACCACACCACACCACACAGAAACACACCUCAGCGAAGGAACUCAGCCCAGCCCUAUCUGGGUUUCGAUUGCUCGACAUGGGCGCAACACAACCACACCACCAACCCCCGGGGAAUACUAGUUGUCUUUCGUAUACCAUUGCCUACAUAAAUAUCAUGCCGUAUAUGUAUAUGCGUGUAUUACUAGUUGUUAUAAAAUCAGUUGGCCAAAUCAGACCGAUCUCAAGCCGAAGCGGAACCAAUCAGAGCCGAAUCGCAUCGAACAAGGCCAUGCCAGCGUUUGGUGUUAAAAAAAAGAAACAUCGUUUUUCUACUCGUUUCCAUUUCGGCUUUUUCAGUUCUUCUAAAUUGUUUCUUUUACGCA